GUGGUGAGGAGUCAAUGGCAGUUUGUAGCCCGCUGCAGUGACAGCACACUCCGGGCCGCAUCGUAAAUGAGAACAGGCUCCUGCCACACCACCUCUCACUCUUAUUUCCCGUAGCAGGCAAGGGAAGGCUGACUUUCACCUCUCACUUCCUCUCGCUGGGUUAAUUUGCAAUCAUGACCACGGAACCGGGUUCAGACUCUGAAUCAAAGCAGGAACAAGACCAAAAGGAAGCUUCUGAAAAGAAAGAGACGACAGCAGAACAACAGCAGGCUGUAGAGCGUCAACAGGAAGACGGAAUUGACGGACCCCCAAAAGGAAUUGGCAAUUCUGAGACCAAGGAGCAGAUUGGUGAACGGGAAAAGGAGGCAGACGGAGCUUCUGGUAAAGUUACUGUGGAUCAACAGGACGACCAGCAAGUUGAAGACGACAAACUCUCCCAGAAAUCCUCUUCCAGCAAGUUAUCGAAAUCUCCUCUCAAAGUUGUAAAAAAGCCAAAGAACAUGCUGUGCAAAGUGACCCUCCUGGAUGGCUCGGAACACACGUGUGAGGUUGAGAAACGUGCAAAAGGACAGGUGCUUUUUGACAAAGUCUGUGGACAGCUCAAUCUUCUGGAGAAAGAUUACUUUGGCUUGACAUUUCGGGACUCUGAAAAUCAAAAGAACUGGUUGGACCCAGCCAAGGAGAUUAAGAAGCAAAUCCGAAGUGGAUUGUGGCAGUUUGCAUUCAAUGUGAAGUUUUACCCUCCAGAUCCUGCUCAGCUCUCUGAGGACAUCACCAGGUAUUACCUGUGUCUGCAGCUGCGUGACGAUAUUGUUUCUGGAAGAUUGCCAUGUUCUUUUGCCACGCAUGUAUUGCUUGGCUCUUACACUGUUCAGGCAGAACUUGGGGACUACGACCCAGAUGAAUAUGGCACUGAUUACAUCAGUGAGUUUCGCUUUGCUCCAAAUGAAACUAAGGAACUGGAAGAAAAAGUGAUAGAACUGCACAAAAGCCACAAGGGUAUGACACCGGCUGAAGCAGAGAUGCAUUUCUUGGAGAAUGCCAAAAAGCUGUCCAUGUAUGGAGUUGACCUACAUCAUGCCAAGGAUUCUGAAGGCGUUGAUAUCAUGCUUGGUGUGUGCGCCAGCGGCUUGCUAAUCUACAGGGACAGGCUAAGGAUAAACAGAUUUGCCUGGCCCAAGGUUCUCAAGAUCUCUUAUAAAAGGAAUAACUUCUACAUCAAAAUCCGACCCAGUGAACAUGAGCAAUUUGAGAGCACCAUUGGAUUUAAACUUCCAAACCACAAAGCAGCUAAAAGGUUGUGGAAAGUAUGCAUUGAACACCACACAUUCUUUCGGCUGGUAUCUCCUGAACCGCCUCCUAAAAAGUUCCUCACAUUGGGUUCAAAGUUCCGCUACAGUGGACGUACACAAGCCCAGACUCGGAGAGCCAGUUCCCUCAUAGACCGCCCAGCACCAUACUUUGAACGUUCUUCCAGCAAACGUUACACCAUGUCACGUAGCUUAGAUGGAGCAUCUGUCACUGAGAACCAUGAGAUGCUCAUAAAGGACUCCGUUUCAGCUUCUGAAGUGGCUACUGGUCAUUACGGUGCAGUCAAGAGCCUAGUAUCAACCAAUCUAAUAACCACAGUGACGCCAGAGAAGAAGGCAGAAGAGGAGAAAGCAGAAGAGGAGGAGAAAAAGGCCAAGAUUGAUAUUACUCCAUUGGUCACACCGGCCAAGCAUGAAAUAAAGAAUAGUCUUGUAAAGCGAGUCAAAGGUGAAAAUGUGUAUGUGAAACAUAGUAACCUUAUGUUAGAGGACUUUGACAAAACUCAGGAAGAUGUGGUUAAGCACCAUGCCAACAUAAGUGAAAUGAAACGAACAUUCCUGGAAUCUACAUCUGAGAGUGGACCCGAUGAAUGGGAAAAAAGGUUGUCUGCCUCUCCAGUUAGAUCUUUCUCAAAGAAUGAGGAUUUGCCUAUGAUUGAGCCACUUAUGCCUGAGGAGCAGACCAAAGAGGAUUCUGGUGAGACCCUACAAAGCAAGUCUGUGUGUGAACAGGGUGUUAUUGGAUCUGACACUUCUGUGGCGAAAGAUGAUGAAAAAUUAGUUAAGGCUGGAGAAGAGAAGGUGGUGGAGGACAAGGAAUCAACUAUUGGUCAUAGCACCCUGGUGACUCAAGAAGUUGUGGUCAACAAAAAAGUCUCGUCUCCCCCAGAGCAGAAAGUUGUGCUGUCUCCAUUGGAAGAAACUGACAUUUCAAAGAAGGGGGAAACAAAAAGAGGUGAUGAUGAAGGUAGACUGAAAAUGAAAGAGACUGCAAGACGGAAAGGAUUUGAAAGCUCUCCAUUGGAGCCGUCUGUGCAGAAAUAUGAGACCUCAAUGACCAAAUGGAAGACUGAUGAAGAGCCAAUGUUUACCAUUGCUACAGCCCACUAUUUUACUGAGUCAACAGGAUCAAGAUUAUUGACAAAGCAGUCUGGUUCGGAAGUAGCCUCAAAAAAUGUAGACGUCGCCAAUCUAAUAGAUUCAGCUCGAAAACAAAUGGAUACAAAGGAAUGGGCUUCUUCUUCAUCAUACAGCUGGGCUCAGAAAUCUGAAAUGAAUUGGGAAGUAAGUUCCAAAGUGGUGCAAAUGGAAACCCACGAACAGGAGAAGACGAUGAAGGAAAUGCAAGAAGCAAUGGUGAUGGAGGAAAAGCAUGUGAUGAAUGUGCAUGCAAGCAAGGAUGCUUCUGCUGUAUGUGCUAAGCUGGCAGCAGUUGAGUGGGAUACUGUAGCCGAGUUGGGCAAAGCUCACACAUCUGGUGAUGCAGGGGGUCUGAGUUGCCUGGUGACCACAGAGACCAAAGAGGACAAGAGGGAGAUGGCAAGUCCUAAAGUGGAUAAAACGAUAGCUGAAGUUGCAGAAGGACCUGCUUCUGCUCAAGGGUGGGAGGAACAGGCUGAAUUGACAGGCAAGCCUUCAGAUAAAUCUGAAGAGAAACCUCAGUUUGAGCCACCCGUUGUGAAAACAGAAACUGUCAGCUUUGACAGUGUGGAUCAGGAGGAUGGGAAAGAGAUUUGCACAAAGGAUGUGCCUGUAGUUCACACCGAGACUAAAACAAUCACCUAUGAAUCAUCCAAGUUGGACUCCACAGCUGACAGUGACCCAGGAGUUCUAAUGAGUGCUCAGACGAUCACCUCAGAAACCUCAAGUACUACAACCACUACACACAUCACUAAGACUGUGAAAGGAGGAGUUUCAGAAACACGUAUUGAGAAACGAAUUGUUAUUACAGGAGAUGCUGACAUUGACCAUGAUCAGGCCCUGGCUCAGGCAAUUAAAGAGGUCAAAGAGCAGUACCCUGAUAUGUCUGUGAUCAAAGUAGUGGUACACAAAGAGACAGAGAUCACACCAGAAGACGGAGAUGAUUGACCACAGGAGUAACCACAUCUUCAUGAAAGAAGUAAUGCAUAUACAUCAUUAGGAAUGAUUUUGGAGUCUAAAUGGAGUCAUACACAUGACUUCAUUUGUUCUGAAUCCAUCCACUAAUGACCUUUCACAUCAAGCAUACUGGAGCACGUUGUAUGAGGACCCCUCUCACUAAAAAAAAACAUUGGCAAAAAAACCUCAUUCCAGCAUAUCGAAACAGCAGAUGAAUAUUGCAUGAUUAGAAUAAACCUUUGUCACAAAAGGAAUAAUGAGAAAAGCAUUUUCCAGAUCCGUAUAGUAAGGUGUCCACAUCUCUUAAGUUAUAAUUUUAUCAGCAGGUUUAAACAGCAAAGGAUAUAUUGGAGCAUUAAUGUUUAAAAGGAAGCUGGGUUGGGGACACGGGUGGAAACCUUUGUUUGCCAGUUUAAAAAGUGUAUAGCUGAUAUUAAGAUAAUACGUCAGCAGUAAUUCAUUUCAAUUGUACCUGGUUUCAUUUAUACACAGUAAUUUUCACCGUAAUUCUGGUGAAAAAUGUUAAUUGUAUUGAGGGAUUAUGUCAUACCUUACAGUAGAUGUGCCAAUGGCAGUGUAAGUCCAUAUCUAUUAUCAUAUUAAGCAACUUGAAGCUUAUAACUGGAAACCUUGAUAUACAAUGGUAAUGCCUGUGAAAACAUGAAUAACCUUACACAGAUUAGAACAAGUUAUUUUGCUGCAUCUUGUGCUUUGUUGGCAUAAUUUGAUGUCACCUAACAGAUUUUUUUUAAAGAAAUAUAUAUAUAUAAAUAUAUAUUUUACUUGGAUGAUUUGAUUUUGUUAGAUGAGCACAUUCUUUUAAGUUAGAACCAAAAGGCCAGGUAGAUUAAUCCAUCAAUAGUUGUCGAUGUUUACUUCCCUUAGAGGAGAUGUCAGUAUUCCUUUUUAAACUGAGUCUGUUUCGCUCGGUUUAUGUUGCAAGUGAAAGUGUCUGCUCUAGAAGGAAUCUCUUUUGUUCACUACCUGUGACCUUUCAUUUUCAUCAUUGACUAUAAAACCAUCGAUUCUUUUUAAACACUCUGCGUAGACUCCAGAUUCCAAGCAAAGCCUUAAACUAAGCAGAAAAUAAUUGCAAACCCCAUUGAAAGCUUUCAAAUCAUCAUGCAUUUAUAAUUUACAGAAGACUACACAGCUAACUAUAGAGUACAAUACUUUUUUUGCUGCAAUGUAAUAAAUGUUGAAUGUAUGUUCCUUCAUGGUGAAAUAAAAGUGGUAAAGGCA